CCGCUUUACUAGUAAAUGCAUGAUUGCGGUGUUCACGCACACCUCUAAGAGCAGUGCCAUCGUCAACUCUUCGAUCCCGUGUUGUCCCGACACACCAAUAGUGUUAACAGCAAGAGUAAUCUCAUCUACCUGGUUAUACCAAGUUUCAACUAAAACACCUGAACCAUGAAGGUACGGAUACCCUUUGCUCGGAUAGAAGGUCGAUGUUAAUGUUGUAGUCGGUUGUAGGGAAAUGUUGGUGUACCGAUCGAUGGAGCAGGGUUGGUGGAAGGAUCGGAUGCCAUGGCUGUAGUUCCAACAUAGUGGAAGAUAUUUCAUGCAAUUUCGCAUUUAAGGGGAAACGCAACGCAACCAACACCAUAAAGUCUGUAAAGUUUUCAUUCCAGAUUAUCUGGAAGAGCCUGUGGUCGUUGAUGUUGCGGCACCAUGUUGAGUGUUCAAGAUGAUUUUCUCACCUUCUUGCCCUUUAAUCUCAAUAUCUCUUCUCCCUGCGCUUCCGUAUUUUCCAAACCUUUGAACAAACACGAAACCAAACAAUCCGCAAAUACAACUGUACACCAAAACACUUGUCACUAUCCGUAGAUCAAUAUUGCCUGCCCCAGCACUGGGAUGCAAAAAGUCAUCGAAAUCGAUGAUGAAAAGCGUCUCCAAGCCUUGUACGAACGCCGCAUGGCCCAAGAAAUUGAUGGAUCCACCAUUGGUGAGGAAUUCGAAGGAUACAUCUUUCGCAUCAGUGGAGGAAACGACAAGCAGGGUUUCCCCAUGCGUCAGGGUGUCUUGACCAACACCCGUGUUCGCCUUCUGUGCAAGAAGGGACACAAGGCCUACCGACCACGACGUGUCGGUGAGCGCAAGCGCAAGUCCGUUCGCGGGUGCAUCGUUGGACAAGACAUUGCCGUUUUGAACUUGGUCGUCACCCAGGUCGGUGAGAACACCGUUGAGGGACUUACCAGCGACUCCAUCCCCCGUCGUCUUGGUCCUAAGCGUGCCGCCAACAUCCGCAAAUUGUUCAACUUGUCCAAGGAGGACGAUGUUCGCAAAUACGUCAUUCGUCGUGUCUUUACCACCAAGAAGGGCAAGGACCGCAACAAGGCCCCCAAGAUCCAACGAUUGGUUACCCCACUGACCUUGCAGCGCAAGCGUGCCCGCAAGGCCGAAAAGAUGUCCUCUGUCCUCAGAAACAAGGAAGAAGCUGCCGCUUACAAGAAACUCGUUGCCCAACGAAACGCCGAAAAGAGAGAGGCCCGUCGUUCCCUCAUCUCCAAGCGAAGAUCGUCCAGAAAAUCUGCCAAGCUUGCCGCCGAGGCCAAAUAAACCUUUUUCCAUCAACAACAAUCAAAUAGCGAACCUAAACCACCCCAAUUGUGUUUUACUUCCUGUAGCUUCUUUUUCUUACAAUCCGUGUUACCAGUUGUGCCGGGUUUCUUUCCCAAGCAGGUUUACGAGAGAUAAUUUGGUAGUAGAUGAUGGCCUCAAUUCGACGCACCCGAUUGAUGUCGGUCCUAAACAGUUCUCAGCAAAGGUUGAAGCAGCACUGGAAGCGCCACUUCAUAACCCCCCUAAAAACUACACACUGAAUUACAACGAGAUGUGCGUAGUAUAAACUUCAACGAUUUUCCUCAUUCAAGCAGGAAGAUGGAUAUACAAGUCGAGUCUAGGAAUCGAACAGUCAAAGCAUCAACUCCUGGAGUUGACUAAAAAUCUCAAACCAUCCAGCCAGCACACAGUACGAGCCAACGAUAUGAGGAACAUCAUGUUUUCGAUAGAGAGGCGGCACCCCGAAGGGUCACAAAUGGCAGCAAUAGAUAGCACAAUGGAGUACAACACAGCGGUGCCGUUAGAUUAUGGCUCGUGCAGUCGAUUGACGCAACUAACGAACAAACGCACGACAGGAAAAAUGAUUGUAUUGCAGAUUCGUCACGAAUAAUCGGAGACGCUUAUGGGAAGACGUGAACUGUUGCUGGCUUGUUCGUUCGUUACGCCACUUUUUGUAAAAAAAAUUUUGCAUCCAAGAAAGUCGGUUUAGAUUUCUCUGGUGCGAAAACACUAUCAUUCUCCGCAUUGCCGAGUAUGUUUGACACUUUCUCCAUGCUUUCUGAAUUCCUAAAUUGAACAAUCGAUCGAUCUUUAUGCCACUGUUUUUACUUCAAGCCGAGCAAAGCCAUCUAUACACACCCAGCCAACGCCUGCGAGACUCCAAAUCGCAUUGCGUUGCGCUGCGUUGUCUGUUCCUCUCGACAAUGCACGUGGUGAAUUAUUUUCCUCCUUCUGCCAGCGCCGCCGGAUUGCUCACAAUGAUGAUCACCGAAUCUCCCCGUAGAAACAUUUUGCUAACGUAUCGGUCUUUGUUGACCGCCGUCCCUCGAGUUUUCCCCUUUCCACCCUUGGAGGUUUCUGUCCACAUUUCCUUGACAUCCUCCAUAAGUCUGUUGGUUUAUUUGUUUGGUGCGACAAUCAGAAGCAAAAAUUUUGCGUGAGAAGGGUGGCAUAAAAAAUUACAUAUAAACUGAGGUAAACUAAAUUGGUCGAUCGAUCCAUCUAUCGGCAAACCGGACAAGACAGUCUGCUCAAUAGAGGGACGCAGUUUCUUCCGGGGUUCUCCCCUUUUUUGUUUGUUUUUAAUUUCUUACAGGUUCAUGUGGCGAUCGUAGGCCUUCACCCGGCCCAGGAGCUUGUGGUUGUUUCGAACAUUGACCAAUACUUGGGUGUUACCUUUCACCGCCCUCCACAACACGCCAAAGGGUCCUGACUUAAGGUCCAGGGCAGAAUCGGAAUCUUGUUCGCCAUUCAUUGUAUAAAUCAAUAUAUAUUGUGUCCAGCCUUUCUUUGUGUGAAUUUGAAGGAAUUGAAUCGAUGGAUGCUUGUGGUGGGUUGUGUCGUGAUCGAGCUUCGCAACAAGAUGGUCGAGGUCCGGCUCCUUUUUGCUUCGAUUUCAAUUUGAUUUGAUAUCGAUGUUGACUCGCUACUUCAAUCAAAUCGCUGACUUCUUUUAAGAGAGAGAUGUUGUGUCUUGCUAUGGUCUGUUAGGGAUGCAGGUAAUCCGAAGCUUCGUUAGAAGUUAUCGUAGUAUGUUGUACUUCUAAUAGCUGCCAUCGGAGCGAUGAGGCACUUGUUUGGUAUGGUAUCGUGCGAUACGAUCCGUUCGUACGCGUACUCGUACCCAGUACUCGCGGAGUUCGUUUUGUCAGUGCCGGAUUGCUGGUUUGUGCGGCAGCGAUAUGGCAGAGAUGGGAAACUCGUGAAUAAAGUAAAAAUUGAAUG